CUUCUUUCAAUUCUAACCUAUUUUGUUAACAACCGGAGGUCCAAGGAGCUGAAUAUUAGUGAAUUGCGGUCACAUUGCCACUCUGGGGAAAGUCUUGGUGGAUGAAAUGACAUUGAAGUCAUCGGAGGUUGGAAAUGGUGCCAAGAUAAUGCUUAUGGCUUCCCAGGGCUUAAACCAAGGGGAUGGACCAAUAAGAAAGGAAACUUCCAACUUGUUGACAGUGAGGAGGAUGCCUGAAGCAAUGAGACCUAAAAGGGACGUUCCUCAAGUUCUGGUUGUGAAGUGCCAACUUGAACGGUGGAAGGCCACUGGGGUUGUUGCACUAUCGGAAUGCAAUCUGAAGGCCCUGCCUGAUGAAGUGUUGACCUGUGGAUCUUCUGCUAGAGUCCUUGAUCUCAGCCACAACUCAAUACAGCAUCUUCCCGCCAUGAUUAAUAGCUUGAGUUCACUUCAUAGAUUGAUUCUCAAUGGGAAUGAAAUUAUGGAUAAUUCCUUAAGCUGGGAAGAGCUAGCUUCUCUAAAGAGUCUUAUGGUUAUUUUAAUUUCACUGAACCAAAACCAUAUAGCAACAUUGCCUCGUGUGAUCAGCACUUUGACCAGUCUGAGACAACUUCAUAUUGCACAUAACUAUUUAACAGGUCUCCCAUCUGAGAUAGGUCAGCUGACCAGCCUUGAGGUUCUGAAAGUUAACAACAAUAGGAUACACUCUAUUCCAGAAAAUAUUGGGGGUUGUGCUUCCCUUGUUGAGGUUGAUCUUUCAUCUAAUCUUUUGGUAGAGCUGCCAGAAACAAUUAGCAAACUAAAGGACUUAAAGGCACUUUAUCUUAGAAACAACGGGUCCAAAUCCCUUCCUAGCAUCAUUUUCAAACAGUGCUGCAAACUCUCUAUACUAGAUCUCCAUGGCACUGAAAUAACUAUGGAUGUUAUCUGCCAGUCACAGAUUGAAGGAUGGGAGAAUUUUAAUGAGAGAAGAUGCUCGAAGCAUCAGAAGCAACUGUACUUCGGAGUGAGAAGCUCUGGCAAAUUUGAUGAAGGAGCUAAUAGGAGCUGAUCAGCCAGAUACAAAGUGCUCAUUAACUCGGUUUGUGUACUUGACAUACAUUUUCAUAGUGAUCCCUAGCAAACUUUACAGAAGAAUCUUUCAGUACCUUUUAAGAUGCAUCAAUAAAUUAUAAUGAGCAUACUGCUCCUGUGUAUACUCUCUACAGAUUUACCAUUGUUCUGAAAUGUUGCUAUAAAGCUUUCUUCUUCUUCUCAAACUGUUGCAUAGUUGAAAGUUUCCUCAAGCAAACAUAUUACCAAUUGUUGAACCCCUAAAGAAUUGAAUAAACUUGCCAGUUGAAAGUUGCA